CAACAGAUAGGCGUACACAGAUCUUACAGAGAGAAGUCACUCUCACAGCUUUUCCGAAGCCUUUGAGAAUUAGCCGCAGAGAAUAAGGCCUAACAAUGGCAAACUUUGGAGGACAUGCCAUUCCUGGCUCUUUUUUCCUGCUCUUGGGCUUUUGGCUAACGGUGAAACACAUUCUGCAACACUACUGGAGGACAAGCAAGCCCAAAGGAAGACAGAUCAUGCCGCCUUUCUUUCGAAAAAUUAAUUACGUGGAAGGAGGAUUUCUAAUCUUUGGUGCAUUUGUUGGUAUCAUGGUUGAACAGUUUGUGGUGGAUGGGCCACACGCCCACCUCUACGACAGAGAGAACAAAUCAUGGGUCAAGCUGAUGAACUGGCAGCAUGGGACGAUGUAUCUGUUCUUUGGCAUCUCUGGAAUAGCACUGGUCGCCAGUACUGCAUCUAAACUGGUGCCAGUUGGUGUGGACCGCCUUGCUCUCUCCUUGGCUCUUUUUGUUGAAGGGUUUCUGUUCUACUACCACGUGCACAGUCGGCCCCCGCUGGACGCUCACAUCCACUCCCUGCUGCUCGUGGCUGUGUUUUUUGGAUCGGCCAGCACCAUGUUGGAGGUGUUCAUAAGAGACAACAUUAUUUUGGAGCUCUUCAGGGCAUGCCUGUUCAUCCUGCAGGGCUCAUGGUUCUACCAGAUUGGAUUCGUACUUUACCCACUGAGUGGCCCGGAAUGGGACCUGAACCUGCAUAGCAACAUCAUGUUCAUCACAAUGUGCUUCUGCUGGCAUUUCGCUGUGGCCCUGCUGUUAGUCACCUGCAUCUCCUCCGUGGUUCUGUUCACAGUGAAGCGAUUCUCAAGAAGAGGACAGGACAUAGAGAUCGGAAUGCGAAAUACAGCCUCCAAAUCAAGCUCCCAGAAAGCUUUGCUUGAAGAGUCGGAUGAAGAGUGA